AAAGCCUACGGCCCCGCCCCCAAACGUUAACUCCUCCCAAUCAUCGCCAUCGUCGCCGCUCGUUCUUCCCCCUCCUCCUUAUGCCUGAAGGUCGGGGCGGCAGGAGCCGGUAACUCUCGCGCAUGGGCGUUGGGCUUUUCCAGAGCUGGGCGCUCGGGCGGGGUGUCAGAGCCUUGGUGCGGCUGCAGCGCCAUUCUCCUCUGUCCCCAUCCCCUAGGAUUAGAGCGGGCGCGCCCCCCUCUUCCCCUUUGGCUGUUGCAGCCCCUGCGUUGUGUGACUGGGAAGCUCCUGAGUGCGAGGCAUGAAGCUGAGCAAAGCCCAGUAUGAUGAAAUAGCCCAGUUCCUGGGGCACGUGCAGCCCACCAGACAGAGCCUGCGGAAGCUGAAGGAGAGAUUCCCUAGGUACCUGAGUGGGGUGAUGAAAAAUGCAGGUGCCCCUGUACUACUGGAGCUAGCCAAUGAGGUGGACUUUGCACCAUCAUUGAUGGCUCGAAUUGUGUUAGAAAGAUUUCUACAAGAGCAAGAGGGAACUAUCUCUUCCAAGACUCUUAUAAAUAGUAUGCUGCGGGACCCUUCUCAGAUUCCAGAUGGAGUUCUAGCAAAUCAGGUCUAUCAGUGUACUGUGAAUGACUGUUGUUAUGGACCACUGGUGGACUGCAUCAAACAUGCUAUUGGACAUGAGCAUGAAGUCCUGCUGCGAGAAAUGCUGCUGGAGAAAAAUCUUUCUUUCUUAGCUGAAGAACAGCUUCGUGCAAAGGGUUAUGACAAAACACCAGAUUUUAUUUUAGAAGUGCCGGUCGCUGUUGAAGGACAUAUAAUUCACUGGAUUGAAAGCAAAGCUUCAUUUGGUGAUGAAUGUAGCCACCAGGCUUAUCUGCAUGACCAAUUCUGGAGCUACUGGAAUAGAUAUUGUUAUGUCACUGGAGACUAUCACGUAGUACAGAUAGAGCGCUUUCAGCUUCCACAUACAUUACUGCAAGGCUUCAACUCUAAUUUCCCUGGUAUUUCUCAUUCAGAUUAGACAAGCAUCUAAGUUUGUGUACAAUAUGAGCUGACAGCAUAGAUCCUGCUAUAUUUGCCAAAGGCCUGGUCACAGACACUCCACUAUGUCAAAGAAUGUCAGUCCUCACAGACCUUACCUUUCAGAACUCCUUGUAAUUUUUAAUUGACAUUUACAUCUGACAUUUUCAAUGUAUUUCUUAUUGUUGAGUCUUUAUCUACCUAGGAAUAUCUUUAAAAAACUUCUGUAAACUAUUACAUUAUAUAUUUUAAUUUAAUAAGGCCAGGUUGGUUAUUCUUAAGUUUCAGUAAGCAAAUUUACCUCCCCCUCCUUCACGUAAUUCAGUAAAUGUUCUUCUAAUCCAUUUGAAGUGACAAUUGGGCAGGGUAUUGAGAGUGUGAAAGGAGUGUUAACUUGUAGUAUAAAUGUACAAAACAUAAUUGUGUUUAUUGUUGGCCACCCUCUGUGUGCAAUAAAGAUACCAUAAUCUUCUGAAAAAUUAUGUAUACUACUACACACACAUACAUAAACAGCAGAGCACUUUAAAUAAAACAAAGCUUAGAAUAUGUAGUGUAUUUGCAUAUUGUAUAAUGUGGUGUAUUUUCUCAAAAACUGAAACUUUUUUCAUUUUAGUUUCAAAGAUGAAAAACUUAAUAUUAAUAUAAGUAUAAUUAUCCAUCUACUAGAACUUAGAAUAAGGAAGUACAGUUGAUAAUAAAUGUCAAGCACAGAACUAACAGAAGCAUUUUGUCACAAAUAAUGCUGCUUUUCCUCUAAUUAGUUAAUUUACAUUUUACAAAUUAAGGACAAAAUUCAGACAGAAAAUAAUCUAGUAGUAUAUCUUAGCUUUACUGACCUGUAUUUGUAUCUGCCAAAUUUAAGUUAAUUAGAAAUGUAGAUGCUGUUUGUUUUAUCUGUCAAAAAGCUCAUCUUACCAGAAAAAAAAAAAAUAGACACACUUUUCUCCCCAACAUUUAUCAUCUAAAUAAUAGUCUUGCCAAGAUGGCAGCCUCAUAAUAAACUCUUUUCAGUGGAGUGAUGGGUAAUGAAGCUUGCUUGUGAAGGCAGCGAAAAAUGUUGUCUAGCCAAAUGCGUGCAUAUGAUGGCUAGAGAAUCAGUGGACUUUCUCAGUCAUCAAUCUUUUUAGUAGCCUCUUAUACAUCUGAAUAUUUUGAUAGAUGAUCUAAUAAUUGAGUUAUCUAUCUUUCUAACUAUCAGAGUUGCAUAAAAAUUAUUCUCACAUGCUACUGAAUAUUAAAUAUAUUAGGCUUUCAAUAAUUUUUUCAAAAAAGGGCCAAAAGGUGGAAGAAUUUUCUUAUAAAAACACCUUUAUCUAUUAAUAUUAAAUUACUAUAUUACUGGAGUAUAAACCUACUUGUAUUAAUAUACAAAAAAAAAGUAAAUAAAGUCAAAAGCCAGUUAGAGACAGAACUCUCUCACAGUAAGUAAAGCACGUGAAAACAAGAGGCUGAGUGGAUUUGAAAAAUUUAAGUGCAGCUUGAGAUGUAAAAUGAAGUUCGUUUGUUGGUCUGUGCCGGGCAAAAGGACAGUAGUCUUGUUUAAUGUUGCACAAAUUCCCUGUGCCUUGGAGAUCUUUACUUAGGAGCAGAUAAAUGUAGUGUCAAUAUGGACUUCAAAUUACCUUUCAGUCUUUUUGAGAGUGGUUCUUCCAGGUUAAAGAUGAGGAAACUGAGAUUAUGUAUAGAAGAUGGCUGCAUUAUGGUGUACCCUGGGAGGUAAUGUGGAUUGUGGGGACUUCUUGUUUCUUAAACACAAGAAACUGCCUUCACAGAGCUACAGUUAUCUAUUUUUGGUUGGAGAAGGCAGUUGAGAUUUUUGCAUUAAGCACAUCAACAUCUCUAUAACAAGUAAUUUGUUUUAAGGUGCCAAGAUAAGAUUUAUUUUAUUUUAUUUUUUUUAAAAGUUCCUUUAAAAGUUAGGGAAAAUAGAAUUAGAUCAUUGAAACGUUAUGAUGUGGAAAUUGGUCUUUAAUGGGUCAGCUGAAGAUCAUAAUUUUAAUAAUAGCAAAAAUGUUAAUACUCUCAUCACAGCAAAGAAGAUCUCUUUUGUUGUAUUAGUUUUAUGCAAAUAGCAGUGUGGUUUAUGUUGAAGGGCACUCAGAUGAGCAAUUUAGGCCUUAAUUUUCAAUAGUUUAUAAGAUGGACCUUCUUUUAAUAGUUCCUUCAUAAUUGCUUUACUGUACUGAAUAUUAGGGACCCAAUAUAUAAUUGGGUAUAUUAGGUUGCUGGCAGAGAUCAUAUCAAUCAUACCACAUCAGAAUUUAAGUAUUCUGUUUAUUGUAAAUCUCAUAAACAAAGCUGUGAUUACAAUACUGCAUAGCCUGUGUGAACAGAUUUGAUUAUGCAUAAAACCUGUUGUGCAGUGACUUUUUCCUUUUAUCAUUCCAAUUCUGAGUUUAAAUCUAUGGCACUUUUCAUCUAAGUUUCUCAGAACACCACACUGGCAAGAUACAGUGGACAUACGUUUCCAUGCAAUAGGAGAUACCUGAUUAGUUUUCUAACUCUGCCUUAGGUUUUUCUAUUGAACCUGUAACUAUCGUAUCUAAAUACUUCCUGUUCUUAGGCAAGUCCCUGAGAUGCUGGCCACUGAAGGUAGGAAACUAUGUACAAGAUUCAGCAAGAUAUUUAAGCAUGUUCCUAACUUUAAGCACUUGGGUAUUAACAUCAUCAUUUAACAUUUAUAUUGUGAUAGAAUCUGUAUGCCACCCAGGUGGGAUCCUGUUGGGCUAAACACUGUACAAACAUAUGUAGUACAUAACAGUCCUUUCAUUGAUUUCAGUGCAAUUACUCAUAUAGUUAGUUAGAGAUGUACUUACGUGCCUUGCUGAAUCAGGGUCUAUAUCUCAGAGAGACUGAGGGGAUGGGGAUAUAGGUUAAUACAUUUUAUAUAGGAGUAAAAUGGCGCACAGAAGUUUAAAUGACUUGCUGAGUAUCACUAGACGUUGCAAGAGCUGGGAACUGAGCCCUGAAUUCUGACUCCCCAGUCCCCUUCUCUGACCAUCAUCAUACCAUUUUCAAAAGUUGAAUUUGUGCUCAAGUACACAUUUAUAUUUACACUAUGUAACCAUAGAGAAAUGUAAAAUUUAGCGCACACACUACGCAAGUGUCACUAAAACCCAGCAAUAUGUCAAUAAAAACAAAUUAUAAUAAGUUAGAAUUAUUUACAUUAUUAUGACGUGGAACUUGUGUAACUACAUAA